GAAAGCGCAAGACGCUGCAAAGCCUUGCUUAGUACCACAUGUACUAUACCUGCAUCUUCCUGCUUGGAGAAUGGUGCUCUUUUGACUUCUCCCCCAUGGGUGCAGGUUUGAGCAUGCUCUAUGCCAUCGUUGGGGUGGGUCUCAACGCCAUGCCCAUGGCAGCUGUACAAGAUGCCCUGACAAACUUGACGGACUCAGGUGCUUACGACGUGGUCCUCGAAAGGCGCAAGCUGAUGCAAUCCUGCAGCAACCUUUCCAAUGCCUCAUCUGCACCAGCAGAAGCGAAACCAGGAGCAUGGAAGCCAAGGAAGACAGAGAUUGAGAUGCAGAUCUUGGAUAGUCUCGAUCAACCCAUUGAUUGAAUCGGAGCUUGAUUCAUUGAGCCAUCUACCAUCAUCUGCCUAGAUUUGUUUUCUGAUUGUGUCUUGUUCUUUCUCUCUCUUCUUUGUCAACUACUUUGCAGCGAUUGGAUUGUACCUGUCAUGGAAUCCUACGAUGGUGACCGGUGACCUCAGAUGCUUGUCAACAUUGUUGAGUAGCGUUGCGUAGAAGAUUUAGUUUCUUGGGUUCAAGAGAUUUCAAGAGCACAAAUGACAUUUGGCAACCAAUUAUGCCAGACUUGGAGAGAGAUGGCUCCAAAGCCUGUCAGAUUUGGGUUGUUCGUUUGGAGGCUACAACCAAGGCCUAGUGUUGGUUGUCUCAAGUCGGGUUGUUCAACAGCUGACUAAACCCAACCAUGUUUUGUUGUGCAUUCUGACCCACAACGCUUAGCCACUCUUGUGAUUAUCAUAAAGCCUCACAUGAAACCUUUGCCUUUGCAUGUUCAAGCAAGUAUGUUUGCAAGCUGAGAAUGUGAGUCCGACAAAAUUGAGGCAUACCAACCAAAAACAUAGAUCCUUCCCGAAGGAGGGCUACAAGCCAGAGAGCUAAGCACAAUUGCUGCCUGCCAACAGAAGUUUAGUGGCGGCAAUGGCAGUCUUUGGUCCCGGUACAGCCCUUAUGCAAUGCAUUCGAACGCAUUCGAAGACUUGUUCGGUUGCAGCUCGCCCAAAGCUGGUGUACUGCAGAUGAGACUCCUUCAAACCCUUGUGCCCUGGUCCUUAAGCUCAGCUUCAGCUUGACCAGUGUGCUUGGGGACUUAUCGAGCUGUGACUUCAAAGCAUGAGCUGUUUGCCAUGCUUGAACUCUACACCAGCGAAGCUCAAAGAAGCUUGCUGAGGAAGUUGUUGAUGUGCCAAUGUGCCUAGAAAGGGCAUUUACUUUUGAUGAUGAUUGUGUCCAAACUUGGCUGCUUGUUCUGUGCAUGUACCCAACACCAGCAAGCAACACCAUUUUAGAAUAUUUACACCUGCGGAUUGUUCCGCCGGCCCUUUUGGCCGCAGCGAGAA